CUCCACAGUUGAUUCUUGUUGGGGAUGGCAUUGUCAUGCAAAUAAAGGACGCGUAAAAUCUUCCCCCAGAGCGCAGCGCAGAGCAGAGACUCACACGGACCGCGCGGAGGAGGAACACGCACACAGGACCAGUGGUGGAUUUGUAUCGUUUCUAUCUAUAGUCUAUAGCUACGGAUCCAUCUGUCACAGACACCCUGGCCACACAUGAGCAGCGACAGGGACGUGUAGCCAGGAAUCAGGUCAAGGAACCGUUCAAAGGAAAACCUGCAACUCUGGAGAUAGUGGACUUCCAAUUUCCCCCCCAGUGAAGUCGGAGGUGUCUCCAUCUCCAUCUCCUGCUAUAGGCUAUACCUGCUGCUGCUGCUGCUACAGAAGGGGGACUAUACGUCUAGAGACUCCUGGAUCGCUUGAGAGCACCCUUUUUAUGAUUUAGGGAUUUUAGGAUCUCUCAAAUAUUAAUUUUGCACACCAAGUGUGUUAUUUCCUCUCUUGUCCUUUUUGGGAUAUAUACAGUGAUCUUUUUUUUUCCUGUUUUAGUCCUUUUAAAGUGCCUUAAUAACUGGUUAUAAUACAGUGUAACUGUGGCAUCAAACCAGAGACGCUCAACAGGAUUACUGGUUCCCCACCACCAUCCGAGCACCACCAGCCCCCCAACCGAGCUUGCAACCAUGAGCCAGGCGGAAGUGUCGACUUGCUCGGCGCCGCAGAGGGUCUUCCAGGAGGCGGUGAAGAAGGGCAACACCAAGGAGCUGCACUCGUUGCUGCAGAACAUGACGAACUGCGAGUUCAACGUCAACUCCUUCGGGCCGGAGGGUCAAACGGCCCUGCACCAGUCGGUCAUCGACGGCAACCUGGAGCUGGUAAAACUGCUGGUGAAGUUUGGCGCAGACAUCCGGCUGGCCAACAGGGAAGGGUGGAGCGCUUUACACAUCGCAGCCUUCGGAGGCCACCAGGACAUUGUGCUAUACCUCAUCACCAAGGCCAAGUACUCCUCCUCUGGAGCCAGGUGAUCUUUGUGUUCUCUGCUGUCAGGUAAAAAAAAUAUAAGAAAAUUAAAAAAAUAGUGGAAACUGCAACACACUUGGGAAAGCCAGGCUCUUGUAAAAGCAAAAAAAAAAACUUGCCAUUAUCUUAUUACAUAGUUGUGCCAAAUUAUAUAUUAAAAAAAAAAAAAAAAAAAGAAAUAAACCUGCACAAUAAUCUUCCCUCAUUGUAAACCAAACGGGGCCCUCUGUGCACUCUGGUUCACACGUACACACACACACACAGAGCUUCUUCAACAUCUUUAUAACAAAAGCAUUUCGGUGAGUUUGUUGGUACUAAAGCUUUCCUCUUGAAUGUGUAUACUAGAUCUUGUCCUCUAUAAAAGAAGCCACAGUGUCUGCUUGUGUGUGUGUGUUUGGACUCCAGAGUGCAGAUGGCCCAGUUUUCUUUCUAUCCAUGACCUCCCAUCUCCAGUAUGGAGGCUCCUCAUUGUUCACUUGUAUAAAAAAACAACAAAAAACAACAACUUUUUUAAGUUAUUUUAUAUGAAACAUGGCACUUGAUGCUAUACAUGGCUGCAUGCUGGAAUAUCUGUAAAGGGAAGAUGCAUGAACAAGAGAAAGAAGGGUUGCCCUCUGUUGGCUAUACCAGAGGUCUGUUUUCUUUUAUUAUUUUUGUUACUCAAAGAGCGGCAUUAUGGCUAUCCAACACGCUUUCAGAUGUGUAAUCAUUAUGUAACAACAAGUGGCUCCAUCAUUGUUGUGAAGUACUGUACACAAUAGCUUUACUUUGUGUUUUUUUUUUUUUUUGGAGAGAAAAAAGGAGCAGAUCUUGCCAUGCUGGCGUCCAACUUUUUCAGGCCAGUUGUGUGUUAUUAAAAAAAAAAGAAAAACAGCUGCUUUCGCUUUGUAUCAAAAAGAAAACAUUUGGAAUUCACUUUAUAAUCUCCUUUCAGUAUUUUAUUAACAUCCUCAGUCAUCACUGUGAAAGCAGGCUGGGUUUUUUUUCUUUAUUUAUGAAGGUACAUUGAGAAGAUGCAUUUUUUUUUUUUUUUUAAAUAUGUUGUGGUUCUUCUUAAAAAAAAGUGUAAAGAGGGUGACUCAAGCUGCUUCAGACUCGUAGUAUAAACUGUCCCGUGUGGAGGUAGACCUGCCACUCCCCCCCACCCACCACCACCACCCACCCAUCCACCCAUCCACCCAUCCUCCCAUCCACCCUUCUGUUAAAGCCUGUUGACCCUCAAGAGGACUUUCUCCCCCUCCUCCUCCUCCUCCUCCUCCUCCUCCCGUUAAAAGGACUUUUGUUUGGUUGCCUUUUGCCAGCUACCUCGACUAUAAAGUAUUCUCAAGUUGUUCAGCUCUUUCACCUCUCUGCCACGUUGGUUGGUUGGAGUCUGAGGAGAUUCACAAUUUGUCUGUGAUCAUCCGCAUGCCAGUAUGUUUUUUUUUUUUUUUGUGGGACUUCAAUACAGAAGAUGCAAUGAACUCAUUCCUGCAUCCUCAGUCGGGACAGUUUAUUUUUUACACUACAACCAAACCAAUUCUGUCAAGCAAUGCAUCGUUUUCUGCAAAAGGGGGAGUCUGCAAAGGUUCUCUCGGUCUCUCACACACUGCCAUUGUUUUCCCUAUAAACCUCCACUUUCCUUUCUCUCUCUCUAUCUUCAUCAGCCUUUUUUCCAGUCAUACAAAAAAAUGGAAUUGUAUCGCAUGACUUAUAAAUGCAGGGAGUUUUAUUGCACAAAAAAAACAAAUGCGGAGCCUUGUGCGCCCCCAUGUUUGUACGGGGUAACUGCAGGAGCCAAGGCUUUGGACUAGUUACUACUACUGAGCAGGACCCUAAUACUGUUGGACGAUGAAGACUUUAAUAACAACAACAACACAUGACUAUUGCAGGAUGUCACAGAAAAAAAGGAACAAAUAAAUUGGUUUAAACUUGGCCUGCUGCAUUUUGAAAGUCAUGGCACCCUAACAUUUGUAUCAAUGCUGCUUGUAUGUUUCUUUUUUGUUAAUGUUUUUACUGCUCAAAAAUGGCCAACAGUUGUAUAAGACUGGUUCACCACAUGAGAAGCCGUUGAAAGAGUGUUUUUUGUAAUUUUGAAGUGUGUGUUGUGUGAUUGUGUGCUUCUCAUGGAGGGCCCCCGUGUUGUUAAAAUCCAGUCAUCCAGACUGAGAACUUCCCAUUUUUAAACCUGGAAACCACCACGACUAAACGGAAGCGAUAGAUCCACUACAUCAAUAUAGAUUGGUAUCAGGCAACAAAUUAAAUAUGCAUCGCUUUGUCUUAAACUUGAUGGGUUUUCUUUUUUUUUUCUUUUUUUUUCUUUGAAUAUUGCACUGAUGACUGUUGUUGAAAAGUUGGCUUUUAUGUGUCAACAUUUUUAAUUUUUUUCUGAAUAGAAAAAAAAACAAACACAACAAAAUACUAUUGUAUAAAUAUAUGCUCCAGGUGAUAAUGUCCUAAUGUGUGUGUUACUUUGUGGAAAAAACAUUGUUUUUUUUUUAACAAAGAUGCGUGUAUCUCUGUGAUUGGGUGUAUGUAUAUAUACAUAUGGAUAUAUAUAUAUAUCGACGCUGAUGAUGAUGAUGAUGAUGAUGAUAUCUUGGGGCACUUUCUUUUCUGAAGUGCUGUCUUCCUGUUUUUUUAUGAAAGGGGAAUAAUACAUUUGAUGGUAAGAUCAUUGUAACAUGAUUAAAAAAUUGCACGGUUGUGUGGUUGUUUGGCUUACCAGGGUCAUAACAUUUAUGACGUAAGGAGCCGGCUGCCGGAUUGGUGUACAUGAGUGAGAUGAUUUUUUUUUUUUUUAAAGAGAAAAAAGUGCUGAAUUCUUUUGGACCAAGUUGUGUUUCUGGUCUUGCUUCAUUUCAAGCAAGAAGGAAACGGCUGAUUUUUUUUUUUUUUUUGUUUAUGAGUGAUGCAGAUGUUCCAUCGUGUUUGAUUUUGUUUGUAUUCUUUUUAUUUUUUGAACGUUUGUAACACUGUGAUGAUGACGUGAUGUCAUGCGGAGAUGAGUGCUGUAUUAUUUUUGUACGUUUGUGUACAAGCCAGUAAAGAAAAUCAUUAAACUCAAA